UCCCUGCUCCAUUAGAAUCUUGCAUCAUCCAAUAAAAACACCCCAUUUAAAAUUCUUCGAACGCAGAAAAAUAAAUAAAAAAUCAUAUUUUUAACGAUUCCAAAAACUGGAGAUUUCAACCUCAGAAAUUUGUUUGGCUGCCAUCGAAGGACGAUAGCCACUACCUUCUAUCUUUCCCCACUUCCCACUUUUCUUAUUAGAAUUCGAAGACGGUUGGCACGCCGAAGAAGCAAGCCAAAGGUCUGACCUUUCCCAUCUUUUCUCCACACAAAACCCUAGAUUUCCAAUUGUUCCCACCUAAACUUCCUUCUCUCGAUCCGAUAUCCUCGCCGAUCGAAGAAAGAUUCGAUCUUGGUGAGGAUGGCCGGAGCUCAGACGAUGGUGAUUGGGCAUAUUCCAUCCGGCUUCAGCCCGCGGAGCAGCAGCGGAGAUCUAGGGCUAUGCAGCGCACCGACGUGCCGGCGGACUGCGGCGAGCCCGAGUUCGGUGGGGUUGUGCAGUUCCUUUAUGGGAGGAUGGGUAGACCGGUGGCGGCCAGCGGUGAGGUCGAAGAAGAAGAGGGGGAGGAGCAGAAUUAUAGUGGAUGAGAUUGCAGGACAGUAUGAAGAGAGCUUUGAAGAUAUCCAUGCGCAUCUUAUUAAUUUCUUCACUUACAAAGCUGUAAGGACUGUUCUUCAUCAGCUCUAUGAAAUGAAUCCACCAAAGUAUAUCUGGUUCUACAAUUUUGUCUCGAACAAUCAAGUAAAAGAUGGCGCACGGUUUCUCCGUUCCCUCGGGAAGGAGCAUCAAGAAUUAGCAGAAAGAGUGAUGGUAACUCGUCUGCACCUGUAUGGUAAAUGGAUCAAGAAAUGUGAUCAUGCAAUGAUGUAUCAGAGAAUUUCUGAUGAAAAUCUCAAGUUGAUGCGUGAGAGGCUAAUGGAAACUGUAAUAUGGCCAUCUGAGGACACCAAUGCUGAGAAUCUUGAUUCAUAAAUAGCAGAAAUGGGCUUAGUUCAUCUGUAUUAUUUGCCUUGUUGGGAGCAUUGUUUCUAUAGUUAAUGUUUAACUUCAUGAUUAAAAGUUUGUGGAUAAAUUUAGUUCAGAAGAGUGAAAUAUGUUUUUGUUGUAUACCAAUAUAUAGUUAAGAAAGUGAUUAUAUAAAAUUGAUCAUUACUAC